AUGGAGAGGCGCAAUCGGCAAAGACACGCCGAAACACCACGUCUGACCUGCGAGCUGUGCCGUACGCGCAAGGUGAAGUGCGACAAGGCCAAUCCAUGCAGUAAUUGUGUGGCUGUUGGCGUUGUGUGCGUUCCUGUCCAUCGGCCACGCCUUCCUCGUGGUAUCCAUGCGAAACGCCAACGCCGGCUGUCGCCUACACCUUCACUUGACACUGCAGAGACAAUGGAAGCCAAAGCAGGCCCGUCGCCCAGUGCAGUAACUACGGAUGAUAAGGACUUUACGCAGCGUAUUCGUCAUCUUGAGGAGCUGGUUGACAGCAUGCGUUCGUCAAUUCUGAGCCCAUACUCGACACCGCUUGAGAAGCCGGUUGGUGGCAUUGCCCAGCCGUCAUCAGCAGGGGAAGUACCAUGGACUCCAUCUUUGGAGACAGGGCUUGAGGAGAAAGCCCUCGCGGAAGACCUCGGGUGCUUUCGGGGGAGUCUGGAUGCUGAGGCGAUAAAUGACUUUCCCGACGUAAUGCCUAAUAAAUCACAGACUGCAGUGGAGAUAUGUCCAACGUCAAAGACCUCCAGUCUAGACAACAGCAUCCAAGGUGGAUGGCUCCGAGUCCUGGGCCUGGCCAGCAAUAGCCUCACCUGCGACUGGCCCUCCAUGCCCGAAGAUAGGGAGAUGACACGGCAGCUCUGCGAGGUCUAUCUUCAGCAAGUAGACCCCGUUAUUAAAAUCUUGCACCGCCCAUCUGUCGAGAAGUGGAUGAUUCGGGGCCAACAAUACCUCUCAUAUAUGCCCGGUGACGUGGCUGUCGACGCGUUAGGAUUCUCGGUCCGCUUUGCAGCUGCAGCGAGCUUAACAGAGGAUCAAUGCAUGGCACGCUUCUGCACAAGCAGGUGUCGCCUCGUGGCAGAUACUCGAGCAGCCUGUGAGUCUGCGCUGGAUAAAAGCGGCUUGUUGGCGUCACCCAGCGUUGCAGCGCUACAGGCAUUCGUCUUAUACCUGAUUGCUAGAGGGUGCACAGACAACAGUCAGGCCGCCUGGACCCUCUCUGCAGUAGCCGUCAGGCUGGCAAAGGCACUGAAUCUCCACAGGGAAACGGACACGAACCAGACAUUCUUCGAUCAACAGAUGUGCAGACGACUGUGGCUCACAGUCUGUCUUUUGGACCUGAAAGCAUCACUCAAGCAAGCCUCCGAACCGAUCAUUAGCCCUAACGAGGCAGCAUCAACCUUCUCCCUACCUAAAAACAUUAAUGACGCAGACUUUGAUCCAAGCACAGCCCACGAGGUACCAGAAAGAGAGGAACUAACAGAUACCACAUUCGCAUUGGUCACAUACCAUCUCCAGUUGGCAGGGCGUGCCCUGAAUUUCGACGCUGCCGUAUCAGUUGAAGGCCAGCAAGCCAAACAGAAGCACGCGGAGCGAUUCGAAAAUAAUGCACUCCGUCUCUUGCACUUUUGCGACCCGGAGUCCUCACUCUUCGCAUGGUUCACCUGGCACGGCACACAAUGCCUCGUCUCAGGGGCACGCCUCUCUUCUUUACGACCGUUGAAACGGCCGCAGGCUCAAGGUAGCAACCAUCCAGCGCAGUGUGCGUCCUCCAACCCGAGUGAAAGCAGUACAAAGGUUCUCCGCCUCACCCUCAAAGUGCUGGAGAAGGCGCAGCUGAUGCAUACCGAUCCACGCGGUGAAGGAUUCCGCUGGUAUGUGACGAUUCCGUGGCAUGCGGUGGCUACAGCCGUGACAGAGAGCAUGGCUUGCGGCGAUGAGGGUCUUGUUCGCCUCGCGUGGCCGAUCAUAGAAGCAUCCUAUGCCCUUUUCCAGACUGAAACAAGUCACAAUGGCUUAGGCAACCACGGAGGAGUCCAUAGUCAGCUGGAGACCUUGAUGGCCCAGGGGCGACAGCAGCUAGGGCCUCUUUUACAACAGCAAGCCAGCCCCUGUCCGUCAUUAGCAUUUGGUGGCAGCAGUGCCGCAAAUUCACCGCGAUAUAGCGACAGUUUAAACCUAUACCAACCUCCAGCUACCCGCAAUCGCGCGCCGAAGCCGGCACUCGAUCCCUUGCUGCUUUUUCCGUUUGAUGGUAACGAACAGCCAAAUCCAUUAGGGUCAGGCCGAUGCCCGGGACGGGAGUGGAUUGGCCAUGAUGAAGCUUGCUGGUCAUGCAUGUUUUUAUGUUGA